CUAGACGACGCUGUCACUGUCAGAGUAUGUUUUGAUUUUGCAGGGUGGCCGCAUGGUAUUUACGACUUCCACUUAUUUCUCAAUUGAAGUUAUCAAUGGCAAAUUUACUUGAAGUGUUAGUUACGUGCGACUCUAACAACACGCUAUGGACGAGCAGUAUUUGGGAUCCCCACAACGGAACGAACUUAAUGACUUACAAAGGCGGUGGAACAGCCGAAAACCGGACAGCUUGUUUCAUAGGCGGAGAUUAUUUAGCCGCAGUUGAAAAAACGAAGCCGAUUUUACACAUAUGGCCCCUGAAUUCCCAGCAGACUGUGCAAGGAAUGCGUUUCAUACUUCCCGGAAAAGCUAGUGCGUUUGCAGUAACUGCAGACGGUUCUUACUGUAUAGCAGGUAUUGAUGAGAAAAUUUAUCUAUGGCAGAUCGCAUCAGGCAAUUUGCUCACUAUAAUAAAUCGCCAUUACCAGAAAGUUAACCUCUUGAAGUUUACAUGUGAUGGACGGUUCUUUAUAUCAGCAGCAGAGGAUGGUAUGGUGAUGGUAUGGUCUCUGGCCAAAGUAGCAGCUAAUCCAGAAGUUGAACUAGUAACUCAGACAGUUGCGGGUCAACAUGACCCUGUGUACAUAUUCUCUGACCAUUUUUUACCAGUCACUGACAUGUGUAUAAGUAAGAAUGGUAUGCAUGGACGCUUAUUCACUGUGUCCAGUGAUAGAACUUGCAAAGUUUACGACUUGACGUCUGGAGAAAUGUUACUGAAUUUAGUGUUUGAUGAACCUUUAUCAGCCAUUGCACUUGAUGUGCUGGAGCUGAAUGUAUUUGUUGGUUCAACUGAAGGGAGAAUUGUCCAGUUCUGUCUUACCAAUCCACCAAGAGGCAAGGAUUUACUCAUCAAUUCAGAUGAUAACAGUAUUAUAUUUUCUGCUCACUCAAAAGCUGUCACUUGCUUAUCUGUCUCGCUUAAUGGUGAAUUACUUGUGUCUGGUGGGAAUGAUGAUCAAGUGAUCCUGUGGCACAUAAGAAGCCAGCAGCCAAUUCGAGUAAUUAGACACAAAGGAUCCAUAACAAAUGCCUUCUUCUCUCUAAACUAUAAGGCAAUAUACAAACAAGAUUUUGUCCCUAAUAUCAUGCUACACAGCUUAGAACGAACUUUGGAAAACAAUAGUGACAAUGUGUUGGAAAUAGAUGUGCUUGUUAAUAAGAAUAAUAAUUUUUGGCCCAAAUAUGAGAGGAGCAAUGUUAAUGAUGCCCUGAAAGAAAUAGAUUUGGAUAAUAAAAACAACGAAGCAAUGCUUAAAGAUGAAUUAGACAAGAUGAAGCGAAUUAAUUCCAAUUUAUAUACAAUAGCAAUCCAAAAGGCGUUGGAUUCAACACCACUAAGUACUGAAAGCCCUAGUUAUAGAAAGAAAAAAAACAAUAAGAACAAAUAAACAAUUCACUUAGUUACAAUUA